GGGUUUUCAUUUCUGUGAUACUAGUGAAUUGACCAUACUCUACUCAGUUCUUAGUUCUCAGCGUAAAGCAUGGAUCCAGAGGCUGCACGAACUGCCCGAGAAUCUCUAGACCUGGCAUUCCAUAUGUCAAAUAUACUUGAUACAGGUCUAGACCGUCACACACUUUCCGUUCUUAUUGCACUUUGUGAUCUUGGAGUUAAUCCCGAAGCACUUGCUGCUGUUGUCAAGGAACUAAGAAAAGAGAAAACCUCGUUAUCAUCAUCACUUCCUGCGGCUUCUUCUUUGCCAUAAAUAAAUGGAUUUUUUUUAUUAGAUGCCAUUCUGUCUAAAGCUUGCUCAACUUCUUUAAGCCAUCCUGUUUGUCUGUUCUUCAUAUGGUUCAUUCAAUUUCUAUGUAUGCUCCGCUUGUUAUUUUGUACGAGUUUCAUUUGAUUUUAGUACCAAAUUGAUAUGUUGCAAUAGGAACCCUGUAUUUGGAACGGUUAUCUUUGAGAGUAAAUUUUCUCUAGCUUAAAGAACUGCGUUCCAUUCUUGCAGCUCUUUUCAUUAGUAA